AUGACUCCUGAGAUUCUUCAGCAGAAGGAGAACGCUGCGGUGUUGGAUUUGGGAUUCUUCGUCGGUGACUUGACCGCCGGCGUCGGCGACGACCUUGAUGAUGCUGCUAGUGAGGAUAUAUCAUUGGAGGGGUUAGAGCAAGAGCUCCUGGAAUGCAAGGACGAUCAAGUAGUGGCAGAUAUUCUUUCCAAAGGCACAAAACUUAGGGAAUAUACCAAGGGUGUCGAGAGCAAUCUGCGCCAAGUCGAAUUGGACUCCAUUGAGGACUACAUUAAGGAGAGCGACAAUUUGGUCUCACUUCAUGAUCAAAUUCGUGAUUGUGACAUUAUCCUCUCGCAGAUGGAGACCCUACUCAGUGGCUUCCAGGCUGAGAUAGGCUCUAUAAGUUCGGACAUAAAAGUUCUUCAAGAGAAGUCGAUGGACAUGGGACUGAAGCUCAAAAACCGUAAGGUAACAGAGUCAAAGUUGGCCAAAUUUGUUGAAGACAUUAUUGUCCCACCAAGGAUGAUCGACAUUAUUGUUGAUGGAGAGGUUAAUGAUGAGUACCUGAGGACUCUAGAGAUUUUAAGCAAGAAACUGAAAUUUGUUGAAAUGGAUUCUACAGUUAAAACUUCGAAAGCUUUAAAAGAUGUUCAGCCUGAAUUAGAGAGGCUUCGGCAGAAAGCAGUGACUAAGGUUUAUGACUUUAUGGUUCAAAAACUCUAUGCUUUGCGGAAACCCAAAACAAACAUCCAGAUUUUGCAACAGGGUGUUCUUUUAAAGUACAAGUACAUUACGUCAUUCCUUAAAGAACAUGGAAAGGAGGUGUAUCUUGAAGUUCGUGCUGCAUAUGUUGACACAAUGAACAAGGUCCUCAGUGCGCAUUUUCGUGCUUACAUUCAAUCCUUGGAGAAACUGCAGCUGGAUAUAGCAACAUCUAGUGAUUUGAUUGGUGUUGAGGCUAGAAGCAGUAGUCUGUUCUCUAUAGGAAGAGAGCCCUUGAAGAAUCGGUCUGCAGUUUUUGCUCUUGGAGACAGGAUAAAGAUUCUAAAGGAAAUAGAUGAACCUGCACUGAUACCUCAUAUAGCUGAAGCUAGCUCCAAAAAGUAUCCUUAUGAAGUCCUUUUCAGAAGCUUGCAUAAGCUGCUUAUGGAUACCGCAACAUCAGAGUAUGAAAUUUACCUUUUUCUGUUUCUUGAUGUACAGCUGUACCACAAUUCUCUGACUAAAAGUCCAUCUACUACUUCCGGUCUUUCAGGGCCAUUUGCUGUAAUUGAUGAGCAUUUCAACUCCAUCCUUCCAAAUUUUUAUGAUGCAAUUGGUCUGAUGCUUAUGAUCAGAAUUAUACACCAGCAUCAGCUUACAAUGUCGAGGCGUAGAAUUCCAUGCUUGGAUUCAUACUUGGACAAGGUGAAUAUCGCGUUGUGGCCUCGUUUCAAGAUUGUAUUUGACAUGCAUCUCGGUAGUAUGCGCAAUGCAAACAUCAGGAGUUUGUGGGAAGAUGAUGUCCAUCCUCAUUAUGUCAUGAGGCGCUAUGCAGAAUUUACUGCAUCACUCAUCCACCUGAAUGUCGAGUAUGGAGAUGGUCAGCUCGAACUCAAUUUGGAGAGAUUGAGAAUGGCUAUUGAUGACUUGAUCAACAAACUUGCGAAGACAUUCCCAAAAGCAAAGUUGCAGACAGUGUUCCUAAUUAACAAUUAUGACAUGACAAUUUCUGUGUUGAAGGAAGCAGGUCCAGAGGUAGGGAAAAUCCACCUAUAUUUUGAAGAUCUGUUAAAGAACAAUAUUGCUAUAUUUGUGGAAGAAUUGCUCUUGGAACAUUUCAAUGACCUGAUAAAGUUUGUGAAAACCCGAGCCUCCGAGGACCCAAAUGCUGUGUUGGAGAGGCCCAUAACCGUGACCGAAGUGGAGCCUCUCGUGAAGGACUUUGCGAGUAGAUGGAAAACAGCCAUAGAAUUGAUGCACAAUGACGUGAUCAAAUCGUUCAGCAACUUCCUGUGUGGGAUGGAUAUAUUAAGGGCUGCUUUGACUCAGCUGCUUCUCUACUACACCAGACUUUCGGAAUGCAUUAAAAAGAUAAACGGUGGCUCUGCAUUAAGCAAAGACCUAGUGUCAAUUCAGUUAAUACUGUACGAAAUCAAGAAAUACUCGAGGACUUUCUAA